UCGUCGUCCUUUCUCUCUCACUAAACCCUUCAUUCUCUCUCUCUCUCUCUAAAAGCUGCAAUUUCCUUUGUUUUAUAUCCUUAAAUCUAAGACCCCACUUUGUACUACUAUAUCUCAAUGCCCCUUAAAUCGCACAAGCCACUUCCUCCCCCUCAACCAAGGCUUUUUCCGGCCAAAAUGCCUGAAAGUAGUGACCAUGCUAUGGAAAACACCGCUGUUUCUCGCACUAAAGACUUCUUCAGCUCUCCGGCCUUGUCUCUAACUUUAGCGGGGGUUUUUAGAGAGAGAGAGGUAAGGGAGGAGGCUGGAGAGGAAGCAGAGAUGAGCAGUGAGAACGCGGACAUGGAGGAGGAGGAGGAAGAGGAAGAGGAAGAGGAGGAGGAGGAGGAGGGGGGGAAGAAGAAGAGGAAGAGGAAGAAGUACCAUAGGCACACAGCUGAGCAAAUUAGAGAGAUGGAAGCGCUUUUCAAAGACUCUCCACACCCUGAUGAGAAGCAAAGGCAGCAACUAAGCAAGCAAUUAGGCCUAGCCCCAAGGCAAGUCAAAUUUUGGUUCCAAAACCGCAGGACCCAAAUCAAGGCCAUCCAAGAACGGCAUGAGAAUUCACUGUUGAAGACAGAGAUGGAGAAAUUGAAAGAAGAGAAUAGGAAAAUGAGAGAGAUCAUAAAGAAAGGCGCAUGUCCAAAUUGCGGCUUUGCAACAGGAAGUCGAGACACUGUAAUCACCACCGAGGAGCAGCAGCUUCGGAUCGAAAAUGCACGUCUCAAAGUCGAGGUAGACAAACUAAGGAGAUUGGCCGGAAAAUUCCCGAAUGAGACCGCAUCACCAAGCUCAUCGUGCUCCGGCGGAACUGAGCCGGAGAGAGCGAUUCUCUCUCAAGAUUAUUACACAGGGUUUUUCAGGCUCGAAAAAUCAAAAAUUGGUAAAACUGUGAAUAAUGCUAUGUCUGAGCUCAUAAAGAUGGCCACCAAAGGGGAACCCUUAUGGGUUAGGAGCUUUGAAACUGGAAGAGAUAUUUUGAAUUAUGAUGAAUAUUUGAAGGAAUUUCCAUCAAAUGAAAAUUCAAGUGAAGAUAGAGAGAGAAGAUCAGUGGAGGCCUCAAGGGAGUCAGGUGUUGUGUUCAUGGAAUUGCCAAGCCUAGUGCAAGCCUUCAUGGAUGUGAAUCAAUGGAAGGAAAUGUUUUCAGGCAUGAUAUCCAAAGCAGCAACUGUUGAUGUUGUAAGUAGUGGAGAAGGUAGCACAAAGAAUGGUGCAAUUCAAUUGAUGUUUGCAGAGGUACAAAUGUUGACACCAUUGGUGGGCACAAGGGAGGUGUAUUUUGUGAGGCAUUGCAGAAAAGAGAGUGAGGAUACAUGGGCCAUACUCGAUGUCUCCAUAGACACCAUCGAUGCUUCUUUUGAUAAGUGCAGGAAAAGGGCCUCAGGCUGCCUCAUACAAGACAAAUCCAAUGGCCACUCAAAGGUAACAUGGGUGGAACACAUAGAGUGCAACAAGGUGGCGGUGCACAGCUUGUAUAGAACAGUUGUUAACAGUGGGCUUGCCUUUGGAGCCAAGCAUUGGAUGGCAACCCUCCAACUCCAAUGUGAGAGACUUGUUUUCUUCAUGGCUACCAAUGUCCCCACAAAGGACUCCAGUGGAGUCACAACUCUGGCUGGGAGAAAGAGCAUAUUGAAGCUUGCACAGAGAAUGACAAGCAGCUUUUGCAGGGGCCUGGGUGCUUCCAGCUUGAAUUCAUGGACGAAGCUCUCAAAAGGGGGGCCGAACGAUAUCAGGGCGACGUCCCGGAAGAACGUAAAUGAUCCUGGAGAACCUCAAGGACUCAUUCUCUCGGCUGUAGCCUCUGUGUGGUUGCCGGUGUCCCCUACAGUCUUGUUUGAUUUCCUGCGCGACGAUGCUCGAAGAAAAGAGUGGGAUAUAAUGUCAAGUAGCCCCAUACAACCCAUUGCUAACAUAGCCAAAGGCCAAGACCGUGGGAACUCAGUUGCACUUCAUGCGACGCAAACAAAGGAGAGCAGUGUCUGGAUACUCCAAGACUGUAGCACCAAUUCUUAUGAAUCUAUGAUGGUUUAUGCCCCAGUUGACAUUGUGGGCAUGCAAUCAGUCAUGUCUGGUUGUGAUUCUAGCAAUUUGCCCAUACUGCCAUCAGGCUUCUCUGUUGUAUCUGAUGGAAUGGAGAGUAGGCCUUUGGUUAUAACCUCAAGGCCAAAGAACAGGGCAAGUGAAGGAGGAUCACUAUUAACCAUUGCAUUCCAAAUCUUAGCCAAUACUUCACCAAGUGCCAAAGUAAGCAUGGAGUCAGUUGAAUCUGUAAAUUCUCUAUUAUCAUGUACCCUACAAAAGAUAAGGACUAGUUUACAAUGUGAGGAUGCAUAAAAGAUAAUGAAAAUUAGUGGAUGAUUUCAUUA